AUGAGAUUUGGGAAGCGGGGGAAAUUGAGUCCUUGCUAUAUUGUGGAGCAUGUGGGCCCAGUAGCGUACAGGCUUGCCUUGCCUUCAGAUCUCUCCCAAUUGCAUGAUGUGUUCCAUGUUUCCAUGCUCCGGAAGUAUAUUUCUGAUCCUUCCCAUGUUUUCGAGGAGCAACCAAUAGAAUUGCAAGAAGAUUUAACCUAUGUGGAGCAACCAGUUCAGAUUUUGGUUUGGGACAUGCAAGUGUUGCGUUCUAGAGAGAUCCCACUUGUGAAGGUUUUGUGGAGAAGUCACAAUAUUAAAGAAGCUACAUGGGAACCAGAGGAUCAAAUGCGGAAACAGUACCCUUACCUCUUCGAGUGA